AACUUGUUUAUUGCAAUAUAUGUACACAACAUUACUUAGUAAUGUCGCCAUUUUUAGGCAAAAUUGCAUUAGUUUUAUGUGCAGUGUCAUUCAUUGGUUCACUUUUGCUCAUACUGUAUAACAUUCACUUACUGAAGGAGGAUUGGGAGUGGCAAAACGAUGACGCUGAACCACAUGGAAUAGUGCGACAACAUGGUGAUUAUUGGGUCUGGCAUGAUUAUAUUCGGAGACAUGAUAAUGUGAAGGACAAUGAGAGCAUCACACUCACCACUCACGGCACCUUCAUGGAUCUGGGCUUGUUGCCCACUCAGUUGGAGAGGUGGCAAGCGCCUAUCAGCCUUUCAAUCUUUGCCAGUGGGUCAGACUUUGUCAUGACUAUUCGUUCUCUAAGACAUCUUAUUGGCUGUCAGAAGCAAGGCAAUCUUAUUCAUCACUUUGUUAGCAUUCAUCUGGUCUUUCACAGUCAGCAUAUACCAAAGAACAUGGCUCGGUUCAAAAUAUCACCUUAUGUAUGUGCGAAACAUGCGCCUUUUGAAAAGAUGCGUCAGGAUUUGACAUAUUGGCAUAAGACUGGAUUGAUCUAUCCAGUUAAUCUGAUGCGAAAUGUGGCUCGUUAUAAUUGCGAGACUUAUUAUAUAAUGGCGCUGGACUUGCAACUGUUGCCACCUCCAAACUUUGUAAAAAGUUUUCUGAGAUUUGUACGAAGCACAACUGAAGUACAAGAUCCAUUUAGAAGCGUAUAUUGCUUGCCGACAUUUCCCCACAAACCUCAUGCUCCCGUAGCUCAAUCCAAAGUUCAAUUAAUGGAGAUUCUACAGGAAUAUAACAUCAGCAGUCCCAUCUAUAAUAACAUUGAAAUGCAAAACCAAUGGCUGGCUUCUAAAAACUCUUUAAAUGUAUUUACUAUAUUUCAUAGUUCAACCAAAAUGAACAUGUGUAUUGGUUAUGUGAGCAUUAACGAAUUGGAACCGCUCUACGACGAGCGAUGCGACGUGGAAUUUAUAUAUGAUGGAGGUUUCAAUUUAAAGGGCAAAGUACUCAUGGAUCUGAAAUAUACUUUCCUUAUAUUGAAUGAAGCUUUUUUGAUUCGCCAUGCUUUGGACAGUUGGAGGUCCAUAAAACUAGCAAAGUUUACUCGAAAGAGUACUUUAAAAAUGUCGCUAAACUGGCAUAAAUUCUAUAAUAAUUUUGUGAACUUGGAACCUCAAGGCAAUUUAUAAAAAUAAAUUCGUAAAUCUGAAAAAGUCA